GGUCAGAUGUGUUUGCUGUGUAGCACCCUAAACUUUGUGAAUGCAUAUAAGACUGCGCCUGGAACAGUUCACCCAGCAACAUUGGUAUCCUGUCUGCCACAAAUUAGCAGCCAAAUUCAGAAGGGCCAACAACAGUGUGCAGCAGAAUUUUUUCAGGAAUAUUGUAGAGUACUUGGAAACACUGCAAGCCAGUACCAGACUCAGCAGUUAAUACCUGCCAGCUGUAAUCUCUCCUUCCUGCAAUCCUUUUUCUUUGAGUUAAGGAGUGAAGUAAUGUGCUCAUCGUGUGAUAAUAUUACUUCAAACACUACAAUGGAAACAAUUCUCCCUCUACAUAUUACAAAGGUAUGGGGCAAUUAUAGUUACAAGGUCACAGUCACCUAUGCCAAUUUCCUGUGGAUUAAAUUAAUUACAAUCACAAACCUGUAGACAGCAAAAUUAAAUCCAGGAAUGGCCUCCCUGCCACAUGGAUAUUUUUGUUUUUGGUUUCUUUUUUUUCUGAGGGGGCAGGUUCAGAGUUCUUUGAAAAAUUCAUUUCAUGUCAAGCAUUUCCUUAAAAAAUUUUGGCACUUCUGGACCCCCUCUCCCCUGGAAUUUUCAAUGAUCCUACUUGGGGUGGGAGUGUGUUGAUCUUUCAAUUCUUUCUAGAACUACACCUUUACUACACAUUCUUUCUUACAAAAAGUAAAUUUUGUGGUCAAAAUGAUCUCUAUAAUAAUCACUUCCACUCUUAUAUUUUUCUUUUGCAUGUGGGAGCAUAAACAUUGACAUUGACAACAAUGACAACAGUUCUAUUUGCACCCAACAUUUACAUCUUUAGUUUAGCCAAUAACUACAAGAAAAGUCAAAUACUCAUCACAAAGACAAGCUACCAUAGUAUUUCUGAUACCCAAUCACACACUUUAUUAAUCAGUAUUAUUCACACAUUUAUCCUGUUCCAUUAGUGGUGUUUGUCUAUUCAUUCUUAAGGGUUGUACUGUACAGAGCUUCCUGAAGGACUAUUCUAACCCAGUGGAGCUGGAAUCAUCUUAUUACUGUAGCAGGUAACAAAUUUUAAUAGCAUUAAACCUAAUACCAAAAGGACACACAAAUACAACUAUUUUUUUGAUAACUGCUACAGUGCUUAACACUAUAAACUACAAUGCACAAAGCAGACUAUUUUCUUCCAGUGCAAGAAAUUAGGAAUGUCAAAGCUACUACAAUUGUACAAAUUCAAGUUCUUAUGCAUGGAUUGAAAAGAGUAGGAGAUGCAGUCCCUGUUGCUGUGGUCUGGUCUCUGUGUCUGUGUGUUGUGAAGAAUACAAUUCAUUCCUGUAAUCAAUUGAGAAAAGGCAAAUAAUGAAAUAAAAAUUCAUACAAAUACAAAAUGCAAUAAGUCCACAUUAGCUUAUUUGCUGCCUUCAAUACAACAUCAUUUAACAAAUAAAUAGAUAAUGAUGACAACAAUGAUGAUGAUGGUAAUGAUGGUGAUGGUGAUGUCAAGGAUCAUGGUUAGUGGUAUAGGAGACUGGCUGGGUGACCUCCAGUAACUAGAAGACGAAGAAGCAACAGUAUGUGUAAUGCCUCAUUCCAUGCUGUCUAGUUACUUGAAAAACUAGUAGCCCCCUGCCCCCCCUCCCCUUGCUGAUUCCUGUCUAUAUAUAAUGAAUUGCACAAAUAUUAAAUUAUGCAUUUCUUUCACUUUUACUCCAUCAGUUGCUCCCAAAGUACUGAUGCAUGGAAGAGGUUAGUCACAUGCCGGGCACCUCUGUCAUUUUGCAUUCAAAUUGUAAGAUUUCAAAAUGAUGGAAAAAAACUUCACAACUUAAUAGAUUACAAAGAGAAAGUGUUAUUUCCAGAACACCAGAUUUCUUCCAACGAAGGAACUACAGUAACCAAUGUCCCUUAUCAACUGAAAGCUGUCAUUGUCCAUGAGGGUACCACCAUUUCUUCUGGUCAUUAUGUGUGUUACCUAAAAAGAGGAGAGAGGUGGUAUUUUUCAAGUGAUACCACAGUUCGACAGUCUUCACAUCUUGAAGCUACAAGCCAGGAGGCAUAUCUCCUCUUCUAUGAAAAAGAUGAGGUUGAAGACAUGCAAGAGGUUACACAUAUUUCUUCUAUGUCUUUUAAGGUCCAAAACUGUCAACCACAGAUGCCCAGUAUGCCUCUAAAAAGGAAGAAGUUUCCUGUCAAGUUUUGUCUUCCACCUGGUUACUAUGCAUUAAAGGCUGAAAAACCUGGCAUUUUCAAGACAGCUACUGGAAGUAUACCCUGGAAAUAUUCUACACUGGAUGCAGCAUCUAUUAGCAAAGCAGAGGGAAUUGCCAUGGCUGGGGUCCAAAUCUCAGGGAAUCCUAGAAUUAAAGCAUGGGAGCCAACUGAUAUUGAAAAGCUCCUUCCAGCUAAACACAAGAUAAGUGACGGCAAACUUUCCAAUUUUGUGAUAGACUAUAUUUUUCUACUGAUAGAAAGUCAGUCUCAAGCCAGUAACAAGAAAGUUUUUACUGUCAACUCUGAUGUUUAUAACAACAUGGCACAAUUCUCAAUGAAUAUUUUCUUGAAGCAUAAGUAUGACUUGCUUUAUGAGAACAUUUCAGCAGCAGACAUGAUUCUGUGGCCGGUACUGCAUGGAGAUCAUUGGUGCCUUGUUGCUAUAGACUUGAAGGAAAGGAGAAUGGUCUACUUGGAUUCUCUGUUCAAUGGUGUUGGUGCACAAACUGCAUUCACAAGGUUUGCUUAUUUUCUAGAGUGUGCGUUUGUCAGCCAAAGCAAAGUUUUGGACUGGAAAGAGUGGCAGUAUUACAUUAUUCCAUCUACUGAAAUUGAACAGCAAACCAAUUCAGUUGACUGUGGUAUCUUUGUUGUCAAAUGGGCACAGCACAUUGCAGAGGGGCGGCCACUAGACUUUUCCCAAACUCAAAUUGAUGACUUUAGGUAUUCACUGAUCUUAGAUAUUGCCAAUGGUGAUGGCUCUCUAUCCAACUUAGCCACAGAGCCUGGUCAAGUAAGUGAUGACCAAGCACGCCCUUUUCUGGCAUCUUCUGGUCUCGCUAAUGAUUGUGGAAAGGCCAACAAUUCAUCUUGUACAAAUCUGAAAGGAAAAGUACAAAAGCAGCACUAUCAAGCAGAUUCAGAUUCUGACUUUGAAUCUCCAAAGAAAAGACAGAAAACAGAUCCUUGUAGAGAGUCACCUCUGGUCAGUGGUAAUGACCACACAUAUGCCAAGGAUGCUAAGCAGCCUGACAUUCAUACAAGAGGGGAGCAGAUUCCAGAGUGUGCACAAAAAAUAUUUCCAUCUGGUUAUCAAUAUAAAUGCCAUGAAUUUAGAGAAAUGCCCAUGGAUAACUUUACAGGUGCACCUAAAGAUCAUUUUUAUGUGAAAUAA